UUUAAACUUAGCUCUUACAUUUCCCUUCACAAUAGUCCAACCAACUGGUAAUAAUUAAAUAACACAUGUUUGUUUUAGUUAGCCGCUAAAAAUGAAAGGUAUGCGGUACAUCCUUUUGCAUUUAUCUUUUCAUUUUCAAUGUAUUUCUGUCUCUUAAGUAGUUGGACUUAGGUAUAUAAUAAGUUUAUAAUGAGCUUAUUCGUGAACUUUACGUGAUGUCUUCUUAGUCUGAAACUGCUUUCCAUCAUUUGCUUUAGCAUAUUUAUUCAACGAUGCAAUUCCUUUUCAGUCUUUUUAUGAGAAAUGUCACACCGUGGAACAGUAUUAUUUACUGCGUAACGUUUCGGGCAUAAUUUAUUGUCCAUCUUCAGAUCAGAUUUGUGCAAAUGGAUUGAGUUUUUUGAAGCAGCUGGUGUUCCGGCCAAAGUCAGAGAAACAUAUGCUGGAAUUUUCGUGGAACAUCGUAUUAGCAAUACAGUACUCGCUGAUUUGGACAAAGACCACCUUAAAGAUAUGGGAAUCACAGUCAUUGGUGAUAUUAUCUCCAUACUGAAGCAAUGUAAAAAGAUAAGACACGAGUUGUCAGUUACGCCUGCUCCUGUUGUUACGUCAACUACAUCCAAGGAAUGUUCAUUUGAAGAUAAGAAGCCAACCCCCAAAAAUGUUGAUGUUUUAGUUCCAGUGUCUCGCCGGAUGAAUCCUGAAGUUGAGGGGAAAUAUGUUGUUAAGAUGCCUAAGGGAACAACACCAAAAACACAAAAGAUUCUCGCCUCCCUCAAGCAGAAAGCAAACACGAAAUCUGUUCAACGGGAAGUCAGUAAAACCACUAAAACAAUUGAAUCUCCGGUCUCUUCCACUUUUGGAGAUAGUGAUGCUGAUGAUUCUGAUAAUUAUCGCGUUAUCAUCUCUAAACCGAGCAACACUAAUCCUAAUUCUGGUGAUUCAGUAUUCAAUCGCUUAGGUAACACCAUAAAUAGACAAGAAUCUCCUACAAGUGUUCUUAUUAAAAGAACAGAUCCUCUAUGUACUGUGCAACGUUUGAUUCGUUGGAACCUUAGUGAAGAUAGUUUUUGUCCAUCUUUUCGUGCUUUAACGUCGCCUGGAGACACGUUUAGCUCACCAGAAGAGUCCAUGGACUUUAAAGUUGUCAGACAAGUUUGUACACCGGUGAGCACUUUUCCUCCACCGAUCAAAGUAAAGAGAGCUCUUAAACGGCAUGCUUCUGAUACAGUUUUCAAUCGUCUAAGUUCACCUUCCACUAUUAUUCAACCGGAUAAUGAUCAACUUUCUUAUAAAGGAGUUCUUAAAAAAUCUAGAGUACAAUCGCCUAAAUUUAAAAAUGAUUCAGUUGUAACAAAUUCUAUGAAAAAUUCUCCUCAAUCUUAUUCUGAAGGUGUUUUUGGCCAAGGAUAUAUACCAAAAAUUUCUGUGAAGAAUCGUUUGGGUAACAGACCAGUGAAAGGUGGUGCUUCAGUUCAUUCUAGACUUGGUCGAGUAUCUAACCCGAUAUGAACAAUUUGACUUUCAUCAUUUCCAUUGGUCUUGAUGUAUAUAUGCAUACAUAUUCUAUACCUCAUGAAAUAUACUUUUGUUGAUUUCUUGUUCUUUUAAUACUUUAUGGAAUUAGAAUUUUUGUAAGGAGUUAAGAAAGCAAAAUUAUCAACACAAUAAACUUGUUUCUGC